AAGGCACAGGUAGGAGGCGCGGGCUGCGGGUGCAGGCUCGCUACUCUGGGAAGUGUCUCUCUGCCUUGGUUGGCUGUACUUUUUGGGAGCUGCCGGCUGCCCCCGAGCGUCUGUGGUUCCGGAGCCUGGGCUGCAAGGAGACCGGUGCAUGCGGCCGGGGCGCCGGGCCGAGCCCCUUGGCAGAGCGCGGCUGUGCGCUUCCCCGCGCCAUGCUUCUCCUGGGCAUCUUAACCCUGGCUCUGGCUGGGCGACCCGCUGGCGGCUCGGACCCAGAGCGGGAGGUCGUCGUCCCCAUCCGACUGGAUCCAGACAUCAACGGCCGCCACUACUACCGGCGAGGUCCAGAGGAUUCCGGGGAUCAGGGACUCAUUUUUCAGAUCGCAGCAUUUCAGGAGGACUUUUACCUACAUCUGAUGCCGGAUGCUCAGUUCCUGGCUCCCGCCUUCGCCACUGAGUAUCUGGGGGAUCCCCUUCAGGAGCUCGCCGCCAGCUCUUUAGACCUGCGACGCUGCUUCUACUCUGGGGACGUGAACGCCGAGCCAGACUCGUUCGCCACUUUGAGCCUGUGCGGGGGUCUCCGCGGAGCCUUCGGCUACCGAGGCGCGGAGUAUGUCAUUAGCCCGCUGCCCAACGCCAGCGCGCCGGCCGCGCCGAGCAACAGCCAGGGCGCGCACCUCCUCCAGCGCCGGGGAGCCCGCGGCGGGGCCUCCGGAGACCCCGCCUCCCGCUGCGGGGUGGCUUCGGGCUGGAACCCGGCCAUCCUGAGGGCCCUAGACCCGUACAAGCCGCGGCGGACGGACUUGGGGGACAGUCACAGGCGGCGCAGUUCUGGUCGCGCCAAGCGCUUCGUGUCCAUCCCACGGUACGUGGAGACACUGGUGGUGGCGGACGAAUCGAUGGUUAAGUUUCAUGGCGCGGACUUGGAGCAUUAUCUGCUGACUCUGCUGGCCACCGCGGCGCGCCUCUACCGCCACCCCAGCAUCCUUAAUCCCAUCAACAUCGUUGUGGUCAAGGUGCUGCUUCUCGGAGACCGUGACACCGGGCCCAAGGUCACCGGCAACGCGGCUCUGACGCUGCGCAACUUCUGCGCCUGGCAGAAGAAGCUGAACAAAGUGAGUGACAAGCACCCUGAGUACUGGGACACCGCCAUCCUCUUCACCAGGCAGGACUUGUGUGGAGCGACCACAUGUGACACACUGGGCAUGGCGGAUGUGGGCACCAUGUGCGAUCCCAAGAGGAGUUGCUCUGUUAUUGAGGAUGAUGGGCUUCCGUCAGCCUUCACCACUGCUCAUGAGCUGGGCCAUGUGUUCAAUAUGCCCCAUGACAACGUGAAAGUAUGUGAGGAGGUCUUUGGAAAGCUCCAAGCCAACCACAUGAUGUCUCCAACCCUCAUCCAGAUUGACCGUGCCAACCCCUGGUCAGCCUGCAGUGCUGCCAUCAUCACUGACUUCCUGGACAGUGGACAUGGGGACUGCCUCCUUGACCAGCCCAGCAAACCUCUCUCCCUGCCUGAGGACCUGCCGGGCACCAGCUACACCCUGAGCCAGCAGUGUGAGCUGGCCUUCGGUGUGGGCUCCAAGCCCUGUCCAUACAUGCAGUACUGCACCAAGCUGUGGUGCACUGGCAAAGCCAAGGGGCAGAUGGUGUGCCAGACCCGCCACUUCCCCUGGGCAGAUGGCACCAGCUGCAGUGAAGGCAAGUUCUGCCUCAAGGGGGCCUGUGUGGAGAGACACAACCUCAACAAGUACCGGGUGGAUGGCUCCUGGGCCAAGUGGGAGCCCUAUGGUCCCUGCUCUCGAACCUGCGGCGGGGGCGUGCAGCUGGCCCGGAGGCAAUGCAGCAGCCCCACCCCUGCCAAUGGUGGCAAGUACUGCGAGGGAGUGCGGGUGAAGUACCGGUCUUGCAAUCUGGAGCCCUGCCCCACCUCAGCCUCUGGCAAGAGCUUCAGGGAAGAGCAAUGUGAAGCUUUCAAUGGCUACAACCACAGCACCAACCGGCUCACUCUUGCCGUGGCGUGGGUGCCCAAGUACUCAGGUGUGUCUCCUCGAGACAAGUGCAAGCUUAUCUGCCGAGCCAAUGGCACUGGCUACUUCUAUGUGCUGGCACCCAAGGUGGUGGAUGGUACACUGUGUUCUCCCGACUCCACCUCAGUCUGUGUCCAAGGAAAAUGCAUCAAGGCUGGCUGCGAUGGGAACUUGGGCUCCAAGAAGAAGUUCGACAAGUGUGGGGUGUGUGGGGGAGACAAUAAGAGCUGCAAGAGGGUGACGGGACUGUUCACCAAGCCCAUGCAUGGCUACAAUUUCGUGGUUGCCCUCCCUGUAGGCGCCUCUAGCAUUGACAUCCGCCAGCGUGGCUACAAGGGGCUGAUUGGAGAUGAUAACUAUCUGGCCGUGAAGAACAGCCAAGGCAAGUACCUGCUCAAUGGGCACUUCGUGGUGUCGGCCGUGGAGCGGGACCUGGUGGUGAAGGGCAGCUUGCUGCGGUACAGUGGCACUGGCACUGCGGUGGAGAGCCUGCAGGCUUCCCGGCCCAUCCUGGAGCCCCUGACCGUGGAGGUCCUCUCGGUGGGGAAGAUGACACCGCCACGGGUCCGUUACUCUUUCUAUCUGCCCAAGGAGCCUUGGGAGGACAAGUCCUCCCGACCCAAGGAGCCCCUCACCCCCUCUGUGCUGGACAACACGGUCCUCAGCCUCUCCAAUCAAGUGGAGCAGCCAAAUGACAGGCUCCCUGCACACUGGGUGGUGGGCAGCUGGGGACCUUGCUCUGCCAGCUGUGGCAGUGGCCUGCAGAAGCGGGCAGUGGACUGCCGGGGCUCCUUGGAGCAGCACAGGGCCUCUGCCUGCGAUGUAGCCCAUCGACCAGUGGAGAUGCGAGCCUGUGGGGAACCCUGCCCAGCCUGGGAGCUUGGGACCUGGUCACCCUGCUCCAAGACCUGUGGCCGGGGAUUUAAGAGGCGUUCACUCAAGUGUGUGGGACAUGGAAGCCGGCUGCUGGCCCGGGACCAGUGCAACCUGCGCCGAAAGCCCCAGGAGCUGGACUUCUGCAUCUUGAGGCCCUGUUGAGCGGGACUGCCCUUUUUUCUCCUUUAUUCCCCACCCCACUGUUGUACCAGUGCUCUGGCCAGCUAUAGCAGAGGAUGGUGACAAGUGGCCUGUGCCACCAUGCCACUCACAUCCAGGACAAGGACCAUGGACUGGGAUGAGUGGUUCCUCCCUCCCUGGACUGGGCAGGGGCUGCUAACUAACGCACAGUCUACCUCAUGCCCUACUCCUCUGGGCCCAGUUUCGGGGAGAGGCUGAAAGGUGUGGUGCUGGCCAGGGGUGCUGAGGCCCAGUUUCCAAGGGGCCUGGAGGAUGGGCUUCUCCCAGGGAGAACUUCAGGGACCCAAGCCCCCAUCAGGGUCUGCAUGCUGCUGGAAGAGCCAUGGCCCAGCAGCUUGGCACCCUCAGGUGGCUCAAGGGACUCUGAGCCAUCUCUGAAAUGAGGCAGGGUUUUCACGGUGCUUUCAGACCCCUUUGGUUCUUUCCUGACUGACAUGGGCUGAUCAGUGAAGACUAGUGGUGGUGGUGAGGAUGCUGAGCACAGUGAGUUUGCCUACAACUGGAGUCUGGGUCCCUCUGCUGGGGAAGAUGUGGAUGGGGACAGGGAGUCCCAGCGUUUCUCAUCUUCCCCCUGGGCCCACCCUGGAAAAGCAGGCCUCAUUUCCUCCCUGCCAUCCAGGGCAUUAGACUACAGGAGGGCUGCCACCACCGUGUCCUUUGCAGAAAGAGGAGAAUGUCCCCUGGAGUUUGCCUUCUUUGUCCAGAGGGAGCCAGCAGUUGCUAAAAGAUGCUGGUGCUUAUUGGGUGGCUGAAGCAGGGAGUGUGAGGGGAGACCUCGGGGGUUUUGCUGGCUGUGAGCCUGGGGGUGGAUCCUGAGCUCUGGUCUAGGCACUGGGGACUGUCAUCCUGGGACAGGGAGGAGGAAGCUCCAGUUUUGAUGGCUUUUUCCUCCUGAGAGGGACACAUAAGUAAGGCAGACGCCACCCACAGGCUCUACAUUGCCUCAGAGAAUCUCCUGAGUGACCACAGUCUUGUACCCACAGAGAGGGGAGCAGGGUGUGCCCAGAAGGGCUGGGAGCUGAGCAUCUCCCUCCUUGCAAGUUAAGCUUCCUCCUUCUGGACGGCUCCUGCUGUCUGCUGUGGGCAUGUCACAGCACAUCUCCAGCUGAGAAUUGGGUUGUCUGUUUGCUACCUCAGAUUAUGCUCUCUGGGAACCCAGCCUGUCCCUAGGGACAGAGGUGACUUGGCGCUCCCACCACAUCCAGCUGUCAUCUUCAUAGACUAAUCUGCCGAGCCCCAGAGACGAGUGUGUGAUGCAGGGCCAUCCACCAGGGCUCCAAACAUGAAGACAAAGAGGGAGUUUCUCUCUUCGGGUUCCCUGGGAGCUGUUCAGGAGUCAACAAGAGUCAUAACCUGACCCAGAGGCCUUCACAGCUACCAACAAGAACUGCUGGGGGAAAAACCCAGGCCCUUCCUAUAGUUACAAGUGGGGAGAUAAUUCGGGGAUAGUGAUCCUUUGGUGAAGCAGGGUAUUUCUUGAAGGUGCAGAUGCCCCAGUGUGAAAAGAGGAUAUUCUGCUUUUCAGUAUAGGCAGAGUCCCAGACUUCAGUGAAGAACUUAACUGAGAUCAGAUCAAAGCCCGAAUCUUCCCGGGGGAGAGAGGUUCAGUUCUUUUCUGUGGUUUCCCUCACAGUCAAGAUCCGCAAAACAAGCAGCCAGCCAGCCAGACUGCUGGUCUAUGGUAUUCUUGACACUGGUCUAAUCUUAGGCUGGAGAAUAUGGACUGAGCUCCUGCAGGGGGUGGAGGGCCUUCAGCUCCCUGGAAUAGGGCUGCAGACACUCUUGCAGGACAGAACAAGGAGGAAUCUCCCUCCUUAUACUGUGAAGCUGCAAAGACAAAAGGACCCCAUGCACAGGCAGAAGGGGAGACUUGCCAGGGGACUACAGCCUGUGCUCUGAUUGGUGCAUUUUCUCCCAGGCCUGGAGAGGGUGGGGUGGGGGCUGUGCAGAGUGGGCAGGGGAAGGCGGAGAGGGAGGCACCAUCCCUGGGGUGGCUGGCUUCCUAGCAGGGGUUAUUUGCUGACAUUGCUUUACAAACCGUUUCAAGGAGGGAUAACUUUUGUUCUUGACACAAGUUAGGUCUCCAUGGUCUUUUCUAUUGUGGUCCCUCCUCCUUUUUGCUUUUCUUAAAAAACAAACAAACAAAACCCCCCCAAAAGCAAAAGUAUGAGCAAGACAAUUUGGGAAACUUGUCUUCUCUUUGAACAUUUCCUCAGUCCAGCAAAGCUCUCCAGAGCUGAGAGGAAAUGAGACUCAAGGCAUAGGGUUCUGGUGAUGACAUAAAAAGUGAAGGUGGCGUCUCAUGCUUAUGGAGAAGAGGAGCCUUCUGUGGGCUCCAGCAGUUUCUUCAGAGGGGUGUGGCCCUGUAAGGCCUUGGGCUCAUGAUUCCCUAACCUCCUUUACCUGUUGUGUGCACUGAUCGAAGGAUCCUCACCCAAACACCCUCAAUACUGGUGAGAAAGCUGGAGGAGCCAAGAACAGUUUGAGGGACUGGAUUGCCCCCAGCCUGGGAGUCAGCUCCUGAGGACACUAGACACUCAUUAAUAGAGCCCAAGCUGUACUUGGUUCUUUUGCAUUCCAUACACUGCAGAAGGAUGGGAGGACCUGGGUCUUGGCUGGGCAUGUAUACUGUGUAUACAUGGGAGCCGGCUGCGGGGUGAGGGCAGUUUGCUCUUAAUAAAGUUGGAAGUAUUUAA